ACAGCAAACCAGCCCCUCCCACCUUUUCUUUGCAGGCGAUUUUUGCUGAGACCUAGCUACCUUUAGCGUUGCAGUAUGAAGUUCCUGAUAGUGUUAGCCUGCUUGCUGUUGUCGUCAUGGGCCCAGGUGCCAGUUACAUCAGAUAUGAGCAGCUUCUCUUCUGCCAUCAAAGGGGGGAGCUUGAAAGCGGCAGUUGAAAAAGUGCUUUAUGAGAGAAACACAGGCCAACCUGGAGUGAUAACAGAGCAAUGGUUUACAGGAGUUAACGUUAUGGAUGAAAAUACAAUGAUCCGAAUUUACAUUGACGACGAGUCUACAGCCAGCCUUCAGUUCAUGUUGCUGCUAGCUCAUGGAGUGGGAUUUGACGAGAAAUCUGAGAGUGCAUAUAUUCCCUGGGGCACGAGACGCAUAGCCCACGCUGCAGAUGGUGGCAUCUACAACACUUAUCGUAUUCCCUUCUCAAAGUCGUUCCGUGUGACGGCCGAACACCCGAGUGGAGGAGCCUUCUGGUACAUUAUCCGAGGUGUACACAACUACCCUUUGAUUGUAGGAGACCUCGUCCUCCCUAAAACAUCACGACUGUACGUGUACAAGAAUGUAGGCAAAGAACUAACUCCACUUGAAUUCAUCACACUCGCCAACGUAACCGGGAGUGCAGGUGCUUUGUUUCAGGUGACUAUUGCAGCUGCUAGCACUGACUACAACUACUUGGAGGCGUGUGUAAGAGCUAAAAUCGAUGAUGACGAAAAUACAAGUUGGCUGUCAUCUGGGACCGAGGAUUUCUUUCUUUCUGCGUACUAUUUCAACAAAGGUGCUUAUCAUUUUGACAAUGCUGGACUGACUUUUAUAGAUGGUAAAGGGAGAAUGUCAGCUUAUAAAUUUUUUGAUAAUGAUCCUCUGCUAUUCACAAAAUCUCUGGUUCUGACAUGGCGUUGUGGAGAGACAGCCAAUGGGGCGGAAGGAUGUCCGAAUGACUACCCCCCACCAAAAGAGGCAGACACAUUUGACACACCCACCCUCGCUAACACUACUGUCACAACGUACACAUGGAUCUACCAAUACACCCUCAAAUAACAAGCUAUUUCUUGAACGUGAAAUUGAAAACUUUACUUUUUUAUUUUUUUUGGGAUAGUUGUUUUUAUUUUAACUAUUCAUUUUGUAUGUAAGUGUACACAUAAUUAUAAAGAAAGAAGUAAUUAUUCUAUUA